AUGGUUAGCUUCAAUGGUCAAGAUUUGUCUAGUAGAUGUGUAUGGGUAAAUGGUCCUGUUAUUGUAGGUGCAGGGCCAUCAGGACUUGCUGUUGGUGCUUGUUUAAAAGAACAAGGUAUCCCUUUUGUAAUCUUGGAAAAAUCAGAUUGUAUUGCAUCUCUAUGGCAAAAAAAAACUUACAAUAGAUUAAAGCUACACCUCCCUAAACAAUUUUGUCAAUUACCCAAAUUUCCAUUCCCACAACACUAUCCUGAGUACCCUACAAAGAAACAAUUCAUUGAUUAUCUUGAAUCAUAUGCUAGAAAAUUUGACAUCAAUCCAAUGUUUAAUGAGUGUGUUCAAUUUGCAAAAUAUGACCAAAUUUGUAAAUUGUGGAGGGUGAAAACUAUUUCACCAAAUGGCUUAGAAGUUGAGUAUAUUUGUCAAUGGCUUGUUGUGGCUACAGGGGAAAAUGCUGAAAAAGUUGUGCCUAAUAUUGAAGGAUUAGAAGAAUUUGGAGGUGAAGUUAUUCAUGCUUGUGAUUAUAAGUCUGGUGAGAAGUUUAGUGGGAAGAAAGUUCUUGUUGUUGGUUGUGGGAAUUCUGGCAUGGAAGUUUCUCUUGAUCUUUGCAAUCAUAAUGCUCAACCAUCAUUGGUUUGUCGUAGCUCGGUUCAUGUAUUGCCAAGAGAAAUUUUUGGGAAAUCAAUAUUUGAAUUGGCUAUGUUUAUGAUGAAAUGGUUACCAUUGUGGCUAGUUGACAAAAUUUUACUAAUUUUGACAUGGUUCAUUCUUGGUAACAUUGAGAAAUAUGGACUCAAAAGGCCAAAAAUUGGUCCUUUGGAACUCAAGAAUACACAAGGGAAAACUCCUGUUUUGGACAUUGGUGCAUUGGAAAAAAUUAGAUCAAGAAAAAUCAAUGUUGUCCCUGGAAUCAAGAGGUUUUCAUGUGGCACUGUUGAACUUGUCAAUGGUGAAAAACUCGAAAUUGAUUCUGUUGUUCUUGCUACUGGUUAUUGCAGCAAUGUCCCUUUUUGGCUAAAGGAAAGUGAAUUCUUUUCCAAAAAUGGAUUCCCAAAAGCACCAUUUCCAAAUAGUUGGAAAGGAAAAUCUGGGCUAUAUGCAGUUGGUUUCACAAGGAGAGGGCUAUCAGGUGCUUCUGCUGAUGCUAUCCAAAUUGCACAAGAUAUUACCAAAGCUUACAAUGAAGAUAUUAUGCAAAAGAAGCAAAAAAUCUCAACCUUGUGAUUUAAUUGAAUCAUAUAGAGAUUAAUUUUGUGAAAAAAUAGGUAGCAUAGAUAGAUUAGCCCUCUCCAAAAGCCCAAGUUUUGGUAUAGUUUGGGAGUUUUUGAAUUAUAUGUUGUCAGAUCCUCCAAAAGAAAAAAGGUUAGGUGGAAAGUACUUGCACAAGUUGUCAGGUCCUCCAAAAAAGAAAACAAGUUCUUUUUUGGGGACGCGGUGUUUGGGUUGAGUUUCCCGAGCAUGAUGAGGUGGUCUAGUUUUUUUAAUUUUCCCUUUUUACCCCUUUUUGAACUUUGACUUUAGUGUUCACUUGCGUUGAUAUUUUUGUACAUAUUUGUACAAUUACUACUGAUUAUUAAUCAAAGUGACAAAGAUAUUUCUUUAUUGUUCAA